AUGCAUACGUCUCCUCUUUACAACUCUAAUGAUCAAACUCCUUUCGCUAACGCCUACAGAAAUACAUAUCCUGCUACUUUUUCUGCAGCCGGAUAUAACACUUCAUUUCAUACCGUUUAUGACUCUACUUACCAACCAUCCUAUAAUCUUAAUAAUUACUCUGCUAAUCAUCAUAAUGCAACCAAUGGUCACGUAGGUCAUGUUUAUACUACUGAAAGUUAUCCUCCAGCUUUUUUGCCCCCAAGUAGCAACUCAUCUACUGAUUCGAGUCCUAUCGAAAGUCCAACUUUACUUCCACGUCGCAUGCCCACUUCUGCUGGUGUAAAUGAUCAAUUCAUGUUGGAUCAAAGCAGGGAUUGUAUUUUUGCUAUCCCUUCGAAUUCUACUUUAAAGGUUAAUCGUAGAUCUUCAAGAGCUUCUCUUCGUGGUAAUAGAAACUCGAUCUUAUUGGAUCCUAUUGUCGAAGAAGAAAAUUCUUCCAUGUCUUUUGCUGCUGCUUCGACACAAUAA